GUUCUUCUCUUUUUCCUCUUCCUCUUCCUCUUCCUCUCCCAUUCCCAGACAAAAAUUAAAUCAAACAAAUUAUGCCAGGGACAAAAUAACUGAAAAAUUUACAGGGACCAUUUUAAAUUCAGAUGUAUAAAUCAGGGACCUGAAAUAUAUUUAACCCAAAGUCUUAUUAAUGAUUUACACCCAAAUCGAGCAGAACAGUAGUAGUUGCUCUGCUCCAAAUUCAACCGGACUCCGCCGUACGCCUCUCAAUUCCUCCGUCGCCGGCGGCCUUCUUCUGAUCUGAUAUAUAAUGGCCAACAGAGUUCAAAUUCCUACCAACAAAUCGUCACUUAUCGCCAUGAUUGCAGAUGAGGAUACUAUAGUUGGCUUUCUGCUGGCUGGUGUGGGAAAUGUUGACAUACGUCGGAAGACGAAUUACCUUAUUGUGGAUUCAAAAACAACUGUCAAACAAAUCGAGGAUGCAUUCAAAGAAUUCACAACAAGGGAUGAUAUUGCAAUUGUGCUGAUUAGUCAAUAUGUUGCAAACAUGGUAAGGUUUUUAGUUGAUAGUUAUAACAAGCCUGUUCCUGCAAUACUUGAAAUCCCUUCGAAAGAUCACCCAUAUGAUCCUGCACAUGAUUCAGUUCUUUCACGAGUAAAGUAUCUCUUUUCUGCCGAAUCAGUGGCAUCUGACAGACGCUAAAUUUUCACUUUCCAGUUGCAGCUUUUUCGGGUGUUUAUCGUUUUUCUCUGUACAUUAUGAGUAAAAAACAUUCUCUAAAAAUCCAUGAGUUCUGUGUAGCUUAAAUAAUUUGUACUGUCUGGUGAUAAUUUAAAUAUCCUGUCAUAGAACUUCAAGACUGGCAAAUGUUUUAUAGCGUAAUGUCAGCCUCAGCUAAAGUAUUAGCAUGAAAUUUGUGCUUGUUUCAUUA